UGAUUAUCAAAUCCGAUCUGAAUUUCACAUACUCAAGUCAUCUCCAAGAGCUACAAAUCUUAAAAUUAAAUAUUUAAGAAAAUAUAAAAAGUGAAACAAAAUCGUCGAAAUUUAAUAAUUUGAAGGAUAAUUAAACAACAUCGUCAACCUUAAUAAGUAACAAUUCAACCAAAAAGCAAAAUAAGGAACUAGACAUAACCUCAAAACUACAUUCAAAUUCAAAAAUAUAUCCAGUCCAUACAUUAUUGUCCAUACCAACAAUAAUGGAUUCAUCAAGACUAAUCCGUUCCAAAUCAUCAAUGUCAUUCGAUCAACUCAAAGUCCGAAUGAUUCAAGACAAGAUCGCUGAGCAAUAUUCAACAGCACAACGUAGACCAAGACAAAAGAGCUUAAGAAUUAUUGUCCUUAAGAAAAAUUACCGUAAGCGACUAGCAGAAGAAAUUAACGAGAAGCAUAAGAUGCAGACAUGGAACUCAAUGCAGAAAGAUGUUGAUCAAAUCUUAAAGAAUGUAAAAUUAUCAUCAGAGUCAAAUAAGGAUGCCGGUAAGCUCAGUGGCGGUCGAUGCUUGAUCAAACCAUCAAAAUUCACAACUGCAACUCCAAGGAAAGAUUUUGGAAGCAGCUACGAGUCAUCGUCAUCAUCACUAAGACGAACAAAGUCAUUUAGUGAAAAAAGAACAGCUGUUGAACUUAAUAGAUCAAAAUUAGACAGCAAACCAGCUGCAAAGACAUUCUUCAACUUAGACCGACCAGUAUUUGACUUAUCAAAGCCAGUCAACCUGAGUCUAUCUAACAUUCUGUCCAAAAUUGUUCCACCAACUCCAACAAAGCAAAAACCAGAGCCAGAACCAAAACAAAAAGCUAAUUUUGGAUUCUCAGGACGUAGUCUUUUCCAAAGUGGUAAACCUCAAAAGAUUCCAAAGAUGACUGAAAAUACAUCAACUUUCUAUCUCAGCAGUGAAGCAGCAUUAAGUCACACAGCUAAAAUUGAUGAAAUGAACGAAAAGAUGAGAUAUGUUAAGCAAUUAGAGAAGGAAUUUAAUGAGAAUAAGAUUAAGAGACAAAGAGAUGAAGAAGAGGAAAAGGAACAGAAAAGCAAGAGGCGAUUAAGCUUUGGAAAGAGUCCAGUACACUCGUUGGUUUGUGCUAGACGUGAGGAAUGAAUAAGAAAUAAUUUUUUAUUUUUGACUAAAAUUUGUAAAAUUGUUAAAGUUUGUAAAUAAAAUAUAUUGAAAAGUAAAA